ACCGGCUCAUACACGGAUAUCGACACGGGCAUUACCUUUCAUGGAUAUGUUCCGCAAUCUGCCUACCGCUUUGGCAUGGUACUGCCGCAAGAACCAACCACCGACUUCAUCGCCCAACUUGUCUCCCCGCUGUCGGACAAGGGCGGGUGGGGAGGAAUCGGCUUCGCGAGCUCCAUGAUUGGCACACUGUUGCUUGCGACAUGGCCCAAUGGCACCAACGUAAUAACCGCCCCCUUGAUAGCCAAAAGCUACGCCGGCGUGGUCCCGUACACGGCCAAUCCGAUCACCCUCAGCCCGAUUAAGCGAGGCACCUAUGUCAACAGCACCCACAUCACCUCGACCUUCCUCUGCGGCGGCUGCAUCAACGAUCACUCAUUCAGCCCGGCGCAGAGCAAGGACAGCAAGAGCGGCGUCUACCUCGUCUAUGCCUACUCGCAGGCAGCCGUCACCGACCCGGCCGGCAUCAAGGCGACCCUGCCGGACCACACCUCGCAACCCGGGGGGGGCUGGGGCAUCAUCACCAUGGUGCUGAGCGACGCCAGGUCGGAGCACUACGACACGUACGCAGCGCAAGCG